AUGGAGAAAAGGAAAUGGAAGGAGCAGCAUCAAGUGGGGUUGUCCCGGACCACGGGGCCUAUGCAGCCUUCUGUCCCACCGGGCUCCAGCAGCGUGGUCACAGGCACGAGCUCUGGAGGUCCCUUCCUAGGAAACCAACCUCAAGCAGCCAUCAUGAAGCAGAUGCUGAUUGAGCAGAGGGCCCAGCUCCAUGUGAUAGAACAGCAGAAACAACAGUUUCUACGAGAGCAAAGGCAGCAGCAGCAGCAGCAGAUCCUGGCGGAGCAGCAGUUGCAGCAGCAGUCGCAUUUGCCUCGGCAGCACCUGCAGCAACAGCGGAGCCCGUAUCCAGUGCAACAGGUCAAUCAGUUCCAAGGUUCUCCCCAGGAUAUCGCAGCUGCAAGAAACCAGGCAGCACUCCAAAGCAUGAGGACAUCCCGAAUGAUGGCGCAGAACGCGAGCAUGAUGGCAAUGGGUCCCUCCCAGAAUGCGAGCACGCUGCCCACGACCGCGGGCCAGUCAGACAUGGGCAUGGCUCCUUACAGCAACGCCUCUUCCAGCCAGCCGGGAAUGUACAGUAUGAGCACAGGGAUGAGCCAAAUGUUGCAGCACCCAAACCAAAGUGGCAUGAACAUGGCACAUAACACAGGCCAGGGAACAAGGCAGCCUGCCUCCGGACAAGCUGUGGGAAUGGUUGGCAAUUUUGGUCAGAACAUGCUGGUAAACUCUGCUCUUCCCCAGCACCAGCAGCAGAUGAAAGGAGCUGUAGGCCAGGUCUUACCCAGGCCGCAAGCACCACGACUUCAAAACCUGAUGGGGACUGUCCCUCAGGGAACACAAAACUGGCAGCAGCGAGGCUUACAAGGUAUACCUGGAAGGACUAGCAGUGAAAUGGGGCCCUUCAAUAAUGGCACAACAUACCCGAUGCAGCCUGGGCAGCCACGGCUGUCCAAGCACCAUUUCCCACAAGGGCUUAAUCAGACAGUUGUGGACACGAGCGGAACAGUAAGAGCCCUGAACCCAGCAAUGGGGAGACAACUGCUGCAACCACUACCUGGGCAACAAGGCGCCGGCCAGGCCAGGCCGAUGGUGAUGCCUGCAAUAAGCCAAGGGGUCCCCACAAUGUCUGGCUUUAGCCAGCCUCCAACGCAGCAAAUGCCGGGUGGUAACUUUGCUCAGAGCGGCCAAGGGCAGGCCUACGAGAGGAAUCCCACUCAGGACUUAUCUUACAAUUACAGUAAUGAAGGAGCAGGGGGGUCAUUCUCCAGUUUAGCAGAGGGCGCAGACCUUGUGGACUCCAUCAUUAAGAGCGGACCAGGGGAUGAGUGGAUUCAAGAACUUGAUGAGUUGUUCGGAAACCCCCAGUGAAUGGGCUUGUAUAGUCUGGAGCUUUGGUUGUUCCAUCUGAAAAAAGCAAACAGAGUUGGAUAUCUCCC